AUGCCGUCUCUAACACUGCUGCAGCCUUAUCGGUUUGAACAAACAGCCAACCUUCAACCAGUUGACUGGAUCAAAUUCAUGAGUAAACAUGUUGACAACGCUGUUCUUAGAAAUGAGUUGCUCUCAACCCACAAAUGGGUGAAGGGCGGAAUCACAGAGAGCGAGCUGCUCCUCACGCCGCUCCGUCUUGCAGAACCUCAGAGUAAGGGGAAGAGAGCAGCAGGAAGGGGCCGCUACUCGGGCAGGAGCAGCAGGCUCGUCCUCAUGUGCGUGGUGAGCCUUGUGCUUUUUGCCGUUGAGAUCUCGGUAGCCUACGUCGGCAAUUCUCUUUCCUUAGCUUCAGAUGCCUUUGCUGUUCUCUCGCACUUGAUCUCCAUGAUCAUCGGUUUGUUCGGUGUUAGGUUCAGUCGCAUCAGAUGGCACAAGGCUAACACUUUCGGCUUCAGCCGGGCAGAUGUGCUGGGAGCUUUCGGCAACACUGUUUUUGCCACCGCUCUGAUGUUUAGCAUCUUCGUUGAGGCAAUCAAGAGGUUCAUCAAUCCUCAGAAGACUGAGAAAGCACUGCUCGUCCUCAUUGUCGGGAUUGCAGGUCUGUUCUUCAAUGUGUUCAACUAUGUUAUCUUCAUGGACUGCUGUUAUUGUCGUGCACCACAAGGAGACACCGAAACAGGUGAUUCACCAAAUGACCAAAAAAGCCCUGAAGAGGGGCCUGAGAAGAAAAAAGAGAGAAAGUCUGAAGCCUUGAACAUCAGAGGUGUUCUUUUGCAUGUUAUGGGAGAUGCGCUUGGAUCUGUGGUUGUGGUAGUUGCUGCUACAAUCUUCCAUGUGCUUCCUCUGGGGAACGCUCCAUGUAAUUGGCAGUGCUACAUCGAUCCAAGCCUGACAAUAAUUAUGGUGGUCAUCAUCUUGUCUUCUGCAUUCCCGCUUAUCAAGGAGACCUCAAUUAUUUUGUUGCAGAUGGUUCCCAAAGGUGUUAAUAUGCAACGACUCACUGACAGACUAUCUCGUGUACCAGGGGUUAGCAGCCUUCAUGAGGUGCAUGUUUGGGAGCUUGCAGGUGGGAAGAAUAUUGCUACUCUUCAUAUCAAGUGCCAAACCCCUACUGAUUACCAAGAUGCUGCUUAUAAAAUACGGAAGGUUUUCCACGAAGCAGGGAUCCAUUCCGUGACCAUCCAGCCUGAGUACGUUGACCACAAGACCUCCCAGCUACUGUGCAGCUCACCCUGCAUCUCAAAAGCUUGUGACUCUCAGCUGUGCUGCAGUCAGCGGGAGCACCCCCUGGCAAAAACUAAUGGCUAUACUGAGAAAAAUGAUAGUUACCUUUCUGCACUGCAUAAAGACAAUGGUUCAAGCAAAAACGAUAUUGAAAUCCCUAUCGAGCACGUUAAGGGUGCUCUAAGGAAAACAAGACGAUGUGCCCUGUCACCAGUGCUGGAUUUAGGUCAGCUCGAUCCUCCAAACUGUUUGAUUCUGUUGGCAGCAGCAGAGGUGAAAGCAGCAGGAUCUUGCUCGGCAGUUAUUGCACGAAUUAAUCUACGCCGCGCUGUAUCGGUGUGCAGGGUGAGCCGGGAGGGGAAGGGCUGCCUGGAUCAGCAGUGCAGUCAGCAGAUAACGCUAUCGUCGCGGCUGCUUGCAUGGCUCUGGAAACAAAAGGCGCAAGGCAAGUGGCACGUUCGAUAUGGCGUUGCACUUCGCUUUACCUCCUUCCAGUCCUAG